AUGGCCGCAUCUACCCUGUCCGUCUGCUCCAGCGACCUGAGCUAUGGCAACCGCGCCUGCCUGCCCGGCUCCAGUGACUCUUGCACCGACUCCUCCUGGCAGGUGGACGACUGUCCAGAGAGCUGCUGUGAGCCCUCCUGCUGCGCUCCCAGCUGCUGCCAGCCCACCUGCUGUGUCCCCAGCUGCUGCCAGCCCUCUUGCUGUGUCCCCAGCUGCUGCCAGCCCUCCUGCUGCACCUCCUGCCCCUGCCAGCAGGCCUGCUGUGUGUCUGUCUGCUGCAAGCCCGUCUGUUGCACACCUGUUUGCUGCAAGCCCGUCUGUUGCACACCUGUUUGCUGCAAGCCCAUCUGUUGCACACCUGUUUGCUGCAAGCCCGUCUGUUGCACACCUGUGUGUUGCAAGCCCAUCUGUUGCGGGGCCAGCCCCUGUUCAGCCUCCUCCUGCUGCCAGCCCACCCCCUGCACCUCCUCCUGCUGCAGACCCUCCUCCUGCUUGAGCCAGACAAUGAAGACGCUCUCCAGUCCACUUUCAGAGCAGCUGGGCGACAAGAUCUGA